UAUCAUCUCUCUUGGUCUCCCUCUUUAUAUAUAUAUAUGCCCCCACUCCUAGAACUUCUCAGACAGGAUCCCUCUCCUUUCCAAUCUCCCCUAACACUGUUGUAUAUCAUAACCCGGCUUGAAAAGUCAAGCUCCAGAUACAGAAGUUGCAGAAGAAAGAAGCCUCCAGAAUGGCGUCGGAGAAGGAAGUGGAGCCGGUAAUAAUCGGAAACUACGUGGAAAUGGAAACAGAAGGCAAGCCUAAGGACAUCAAGUCCAAGUUAUCCAAGUUCUUGUGGCACGGUGGCUCUGUUUAUGAUGCUUGGUUUAGCUGUGCUUCCAACCAGGUGGCUCAAGUUCUGCUCACACUACCGUACUCAUUUUCUCAACUGGGAAUGCUGUCUGGGAUAUUGUUUCAACUGUUCUACGGCUUGCUGGGAAGCUGGACGGCAUAUCUGAUCAGCGUUCUGUAUGUCGAGUAUAGAACCAGGAAGGAAAGAGAGAAAGUAGAUUUCAGAAACCACGUGAUCCAGUGGUUUGAAGUUCUGGACGGGCUUCUUGGGAAGCACUGGAGAAAUGUGGGUUUGGCCUUUAACUGCACAUUUCUUCUGUUUGGAUCUGUCAUCCAACUCAUUGCUUGUGCCAGCAAUAUAUACUAUAUAAACGACAAUCUGGACAAAAGGACAUGGACUUACAUCUUCGGAGCUUGUUGUGCCACCACAGUGUUCAUCCCUUCCUUCCACAACUACCGAAUCUGGUCAUUUUUGGGCCUCCUCAUGACCACCUACACCGCUUGGUACCUCACUAUUGCCUCUCUUAUGCAUGGCCAGGUGGAGGGAGUGAAGCAUUCGGGGCCUGCCAAGUUGGUUCUGUAUUUUACGGGGGCCACAAACAUUCUCUACACAUUCGGAGGCCAUGCCGUGACUGUAGAAAUCAUGCAUGCGAUGUGGAGGCCAGAGAAGUUCAAGGCGAUAUACCUGCUGGCAACUGUGUACGUGUUGACGCUGACGCUGCCGUCGGCUGCGGCGGUGUAUUGGGCGUUUGGAGAUAUGCUGCUGGACCACUCGAACGCCUUCUCGCUGCUGCCCAAGUCGGCGUUCAGGGACAUGGCGGUGGUGCUCAUGCUGAUCCACCAGUUCAUAACCUUCGGGUUCGCCUGCACGCCCCUGUACCUGGUGUGGGAGAAGCUGAUAGGGCUUCACUCGUGCAAGAGCCUGUGCAAGCGUGCGGCGUCGAGGUUGCCGGUGGUGAUCCCGAUCUGGUUCUUGGCUAUCAUAUUCCCGUUCUUCGGUCCGAUCAAUUCCACGGUGGGAUCGCUGCUCGUCAGCUUCACGGUGUACAUAAUCCCAGCUCUUGCUCAUAUCUUCACCUUCCGAUCUCCCGCCUCCCGUCAGAAUGCGGUGGAGCAGCCACCCAGGUGCUUGGGGAGCUGGGUCGGAACGUAUAUCAUCAACGUGUUCGUGGUGAUAUGGGUCAUGGUUGUCGGGUUCGGAUUUGGAGGGUGGGCCAGCAUGAUCAACUUCAUCCGCCAGAUUGACUCCUUCGGCCUCUUCACUAAGUGCUAUCAGUGCCCUCCUCCUCCUCCUUCCUCACCCUCUUUUCUUAAUGCCACCGCCACCGUCGCUGCCGCUCCUUCGCCUCACCACCACCACUGAUCACGCCAUUGUUGCCGCGGAAGACGAUGCCGGAGUUUCUGAUAUUGUAUUUUCGCCCAUAUUAAUGACAUAAUCCCCCUGUUGCAUUCAUAAACUUUGCAAUCUUCAACUUUGCCUUUCAUGAUAGUUAACAAGUACCUUGUUAUGACGUGACUUCCGUAAAUGACUCAGAAAAAAUAAAUUAUAAAGUUAAAAAUUCCCACGU